UUGUAAUAGUUCCGUUUUUAAUUCGUUUUAUGUUUAUCGCUUUUGAAAAAAAGUACAAAAAUAAUUUUACUAUGCUUAAUACUAUGCAAUAUAUGACAUUCCUACAGUGGAUAAUGUGUUUGUGUACCGUAUCUAAUAUAAGAUUCAUUAAUAAUGAAGAAAACGUGAACUUCUUUUUAAAAAUGCACCAAAUAGAUCGUCUCAUGAAGAUCGACACAAACAAGUUUAUUAUGUCAACCGUUUACAAGAGGAAUAGAAAUACAGUUCUUAUUUUAUUAAUAGCAUAUCUCGUAUUGUGCACUAUGAUAAUAUUGGAUGAUGUUCUAUUUUUUAUGACUUCCUUCGGUAUCAUGUAUGUUCAAAUGACACAUAUGAUAGAAGUUUUGAAUUUUUCAUGUCUCAUGUAUUACUUUACAUUGCGCUUGAAGUUCGUAAACUCUAUUAUUUUGAAUCAUAUAAAGCCGGAAUUUGUAGCGGAAAGAUUUCCAAGCUCUUUAAAUAUGCAGCAUAUGAUGGUUUUAAGGAAGUUGGCAGCGGAUACACAUGAUUUUGCAUAUUGUGAUCUUGAUGUGUAUUUAAGAGAAUUUUUAUAUGGGUUUUAUAAAUUUCAAGAACUAUAUCAAUUCCAGGUGCUAAUUGCCUUCCUGAAGAUGUUUGUUAACAGUGCAGUCUAUUUGCAUUUUAUUAUCAUUGCACUAAAAGAUAAUACAUUACGCUUAAUAGAUACAGUAAUGACGAUUAUACUUUACAUAACUGAUUGUUUGCUAAUAGCACUGGCCUGUAUCCGAAGCGAAUCUUUUUACAGAGAAGCUAAACUAACUAAACAUUUGUCUAUCUCCACUUUGUCAAUUUAUGACGAUGGACCAUUGAGAUACAAAACGAAGAGAUUAUUGAAAAUACUAGAAGAAAAUCCGCCAGUUUUCUCCGUGUAUCACAUGUGGAACCUCAAAGCUGACACCAUGGUGAAGCUCACUGGCGUUCUAACGACAGUUUUCUUCACUUUGUUACAGUUUCAUUAUUUGUAAAUUUUUGUCCCCGUUUUCUAUGUAAUAUCCAGCACAAU